CGAACAAAUCGACAACACGCCUCCACCAUCACGAAGGUAGAGGAUACCGGCAACCUUUUCGACAAUUGUCUUCUCAUUCCCCGUGAAGCAGGACAAAAAUGUCGACCUUCGAGCCAGUCAUCACGAUCGAUGGCAAGGGUCACUUGCUUGGUCGGCUGGCCAGUACCGUGGCUAAGCAAUUGCUCAAUGGUCAAAAGAUCGUCGUUGUGCGAUGUGAGGCCUUGAACAUCUCUGGAGAGUUCUUCCGUGCGAAGCUAAAGUACCACGCCUACCUCCGAAAGAUGACUCGAUACAACCCAACCCGAGGAGGUCCUUUCCAUUACCGUGCUCCGUCAAGAAUCUUCUACAAGACCGUCCGUGGCAUGAUUCCCCACAAGACCGCCCGUGGUGCCGCUGCUAUGGAGAGACUCAAGGUAUUCGAGGGUGUCCCACCACCAUACGACAAGGUCAAGCGAGUUGUGGUUCCCCAAGCCCUGAGAGUUCUGAGACUCAAGCCCGGCCGCAAGUACUGCACGGUUGGCAGACUCAGCCACGAGGUUGGAUGGAAGUACAAGGACGUUGUUGAGAGACUCGAGGAGCGAAGAAAGGUUAAGGGUCAAGCAUACUACGAGCGCAAGCGGGCUGCACGAAGACAACUAUCGGAAGCUCAGAAGAGCGCGAAGGUUGACGACAAGACCAAGAAGCAACUGGCUGAAUGCCCAGAGAUAGAACCCGAUGCUGAGGCUAUCUACCAUGUUACUGCCAACGGCAAGGUGCUGCGGCGGAACUACAUCACGUUUGCGGAUCGGGCGAGGGGUUUGGCGUAUUACUUGCGGAAGAGGGGGUGGAAGCGGAUUGGGAUCUUGGCACCAAAUACGCCGGCAUUUUUGGAGAGUAUUUUUGGGAUUGCGGCUGCGGGUGGUGUGAGUGUGGCGGUCAAUUAUAGAUUGAAGACGGAGGACAUAUCGUACAUUUUUACGUUCUCGGAGGUGGAUGUUAUAAUCGUGGAUGAGGAAUAUCUUCAUCUGCUAGAUGAUUUCCGGAAACAGAGUCCUGGCGUUCCUUUCAUUAUCGAUACGGAUACAGAUGCCACAGAAGGACAAUUAUCGGGACCCUUCGACGAAGCUGUAUUGGAAGGAUUGAAUUAUGAUCAUCAACAAGGGAACAAAGGAUGGGCUGGACUAGAGGCACAAUGUCAAGACGAGAAUGGAACGAUUGCGAUACCAUUCACCAGCGGUACGACGGCGAAACCAAAAGGUGUGAUUUAUACACAUCGAGGAGCAUAUUUGGCGGCAUUAGGCAACGUGAUUGAGAGCGGUUUGAACUACCAAGUUGGAAGAUGUGGAUACUUAUGGACAUUGCCCAUGUUCCAUGCCGUAGGAUGGACAUUCCCAUGGGCUGUGACAGCAGUACGAGGAACUCACUACUGUCUCCGAAAAAUCGACUACCCUCUAAUCUGGAAGCUCCUCAAAACAGAAAACAUAACUCACUUCAACGCCGCGCCCACAGUCAACACACUCCUCUGUGCAUCCAAAGAAGCAGAGAAACUAAAGAACCCCGUCCGAGUAACAGUAGCAGCCUCACCACCAACAGCGCACCUAUUCGAGCAAAUGACAAACUUGAACCUGAUCCCCGUCCACGUCUACGGCCUCACGGAAACAUACGGACCGAUAACCAAAGGCUACCACAUGCCGAUCUGGGAAAAACUUCCCAUAAAAGAGAAAUACGCACGCAUGGCUCGUCAAGGGCAUGGAUUCAUCACCGGUCUUCCAAUCCGAAUCAUCAAGCCAGACCAACCAGAAGGCGUUCUAAUCGAUGUCCAGAAAGACGGGAAAGAAAUAGGCGAGAUCAUCUUCUUUGGCAAUAUCUGCGCGAAAGAAUAUCUCAAGGAUCCUGAAGCGACGAGGAAAUUGUUCGCGGGUGGUGGUCUGCAUUCCGGAGAUCUGGCAGUGUGGCACGAAGACGGCAGCGCGCAAAUCCUGGAUCGAGCAAAGGAUAUCAUCAUCUCUGGCGGAGAAAACAUCUCCUCCGUAGCGCUCGAAUCCAUGCUAGUCCAGCACCCCGACGUCCUCGAAGCAGGCGUCGUCUCCGUCCCCGACUCCCACUGGGGCGAGCGACCGAAAGCGUUUAUUACCGUGCAACAAGGGAAGAGUCUCAAGGGAGAGGAUCUGAUAGAGUGGGCUAAGCAUGAGAGUGCGAUUAGCAAAUUCAUGGUGCCGAGGGAGGUGGAGGUUGUGGAGGAGUUGCCGAAGACGAGUACGGGGAAGCUGAAGAAGAAUGUGUUGAGGAUGUGGGCGAAGGGGGAUUAUAGUGAGAAGUAA